GGCGACGCGUCGCUGUCUGUCUGCCGCUGCAGAAGAGCUCAGAUGGGAAGAACAUUUUCUAAAAAUGGUCCCCAAACCUCAGGGCCUGGAUAAACGGGGAGGACACCCUGUCGUCAGCUCGGACAGAGACUGAAUGCUGCAGUGUCAACUAAAAACGAUGCAGUCCCUGCCCAUGGAAGUGGGAAGCAGCAGCAGCAGCAGCUCAGCUCCCAGCAACACAUCUGGCCCGGUGGUGCAGGUGUGCUUCCCCAGCGCUCAGGCCUCGGUGUUGGACAGCCUGAACCGGCAGAGAGAAGACGGCAGGCUCUGUGACCUCUCCAUCCACGUCCAGGGACAAGUGUUCAAAGCCCACCGCUGCGUCCUGGCCGCCUCCUCCCCCUACUUCCAUGACCAGGUCCUCCUGAAGAACAUGUCUACAGUCUCCAUCCCGGCAGUAAUGGACCCGCUGGCGUUUGAGAGCGUGCUGAGCUGCGCCUACACCGGUCAGCUCCGGAUGCUGCGCGAGGACAUCGUCAACUACCUCACGGUGGGCAGCGUCCUGCAGAUGUGGCACAUCGUGGACAAAUGCACCGAGCUGCUGAAGGAGGGCCGGGCAUCAACGGGAGGAGGGAGCAGUGGAGGAGGCGGCGUGCAGGACGGAGCCAGUGUCGGAGGACGCGGAGGGUCAGCUAACCUCGGAUGCAGCAGCAGCAAUGGUGACGGUGUUGCAGGCGGUAGUAAUGGAUCUGGUAGUGAUGGUGGUGUUGGUGAUGGUCAAGCCCAGGUGGUGGGGUCCAACGAGCCGCAGCGUGCCUCCCAUCAUCCCAGCCGCCCGUCAGUGAGUGAGAGCCAGUCUCCCAGCAGCACCAACUACUUCAGCCCCCGGGACGGGAGCAGCUUUGGAGGAAGCGGGGCGGCAGCGGCCGGGGCUUCUGUGGAUGGAGGCGGGGCUAGCAACACCCCCAGCUACUGCACCCCAUCGGGAGGAGAGGAAGCCUUCCUUAUUGAGGAAGAGGAGGAGGAUGUAGAGGAGGAAGAGGAGGAGGUGUUGUACCAUCAAAGGAAGAGAGGAAGAGGAGGAGGCAGCGGGAGGAGGAAGAAAAUAAGCUCGUUGUCAGAGCAGGAAGUUGGGGUCAGCGACAGCUUUGGCGUGUCUUCCUAUCAGGACGGGGAGGACUUAGCAAUGCCUCUGAAGCGUCCUACCUACAGCCAGCCCAGCAUCAUGCCUCGUAAACAGUGGGUGGUGGUCAAAACAGAACGCAUGGAGGACGACGACCUCAUCGUAGUGUCCGGGGAGGAGGGCGGAGAAGACGAGGACGACGAAGAUGAGAGGGAGAUCGAGCUGGCCAGAGAGAGGGAGAGAAGCGACUUCAACAUCUCCAACGUUAGGAGCCUUUCAGCCGAUCUGUCAGGCAGAGCUGAGAACGACAUGGACUCACAGGUGGACUACUGCCAGUCCUCAGAAGACUACCUCAAAUUUGAAGGCAAUUUAAUGGACCAGACUUUAGCUCAGCACCUUCAUGACAGCGCAGCAGGUCAGAGCCAGAGCGCUAACCGUGCUGUUUCAGCGCUGCUGGGCCAGGUGCAGUCUGCAGCCUCGGCCCGAGCCCAGCUCUUCCCCCUGGACAUGCAGGGGAACCAGAUCCUCCUCUACAGCCAGGCCUCCGGACUCUCUCUGGACGCUGCCGCCCCUCCCCUGGGGAUGGCAGGUAAUAUGAUCGGAGGAGCCUCUUUCAAAGGUCCCAGUCUGGAGCACGGUGCGGUCCACCUGUCGGUGCAGGGCGGCUUGGGAGUUGAUGGCAUGGACAGUGGGGGGAUUGGAGGUGGGAGUGGCGGCAGUAACGGCAGCAAUGGAGGUUCAGGGAAAGUGUUUAUGUGCCACUGUGGUAAGACCUUCACCCACAAGAGCAUGAGGGACCGCCACAUUAACAUGCACCUGGACCUGAGGCCCUUCCACUGCCCCGUCUGUGCCAAGAAGUUCAAGAUGAAGCAUCACCUCACAGAGCACAUGAAGACGCACACGGGCCUCAAGCCGUACGACUGCCUCGGCUGCGGCAAGAAGUUCAUGUGGCGCGACAGCUUCAUGAGGCACCGCUCUCACUGCGAGAGACGCAGCGGGCUGGGGGAGGGCGGCGAAGGCGGGAGCGCCGGCGAGGGAGGGAGAAGAGGAGGAGGUGGAGGUGAAGAUGGGCCAGAUUUUAUGUCCUCCUCUCACCUCCUCCUGUCUGCAGGCGAGGGAGGACAGGGCGGUAUUCUGGGAGGAGGGAGAGGAGGAAUGUCUGUUUCUUCUCAUCAUCUUUCUGUUCUGUCGCCGCAGCACACCAGCGUCUCAGCAACAGGAAGUAGCAGCAGUAACAACAGUGUGAGUAACAGCAGCAGUGCUGCUCUAAACAACAUGGCCGCCGCAGGAGCACUGCUAGGGGUCGUCUCCCAGGGUCCCGGUCAGGGAUCAGGGAUGUUUGCUGGUCUAGGGUUGAGUCGAGGUGUGUGUGAUGAAGACGUGUGUGAAGUCAGUGCCAAUGAUAGUAGCGUGACCUAAACCAGAAGUGUGUGUCAGGUCCAACGGGUGCCUCUUUCUGAGCAAACAGUCAUGUUUCUUGUUCCUGCUGCUGUUUUAGAUUAUAGUAAACUUGGAAGAAGCUCUUCGGACACACUUUUAACUGCCAACACUCAGCAUUUCAAGCCAGAAGUGCGUACUCUGUCUUGCGUGAGGAAAAGUCGAGGCUCCCGUUGGACACACAAGCUGAAGAACCCGGGAAAUGUUUAUAGAAAAACGGGACUUUUAGUUUCCAGUCGACUGCCGCAAAGUUUCUGAAACAGACCUGCGCUGGUGCUCAUGCCGUCACAAAUGAUCCGCAAUUGUUUUGGAAACUUUCCUCCAAAAUUGUCUCAGUGAGUAAGCUGUUGUUUUAAAUAUCUGAGAUGUUAUUAAGGUUAAUUAUUUUGGUUUAUUGGAAGAAUGCUUUGCGAGUUGAGAGGAAACCAAAAAUGAAGAGACAGUGCUUCACUAACUGUUAGUAUCAGUAAAACAAUGGCUGUUCUAAAUUGCUGUUCUGCAGUAUUGUAUUGUAAUGUAUCACGUCAUAUGAUUUUCUCUUCUUCUUUUUUUUUUUUUAUCUGAAGGAGAAAAACUCCACGCAUAAUUCAUAAUCCAACUAAGAAAAGAAGAAGCUAAAGUCGCAGAUUAGUUUGUUUGCCUUACAGCAGCAGUGUCCGGUGGAACAGACUGUCAGCACUGCCAUGUUGUUUCAGAUGAUUCUCCGGUGCUGCUUGGCCUGAAGCCCAGACUGGAUUACAGUGAAACGAUGAAUCCUCAUCACAAGGGAACCCUGGUAGAUCCCAGACAGGAACAACCUGUAACAGCCUGUGAGCUCGAGCCUCAAAUGACUCUUUUCAGAACGUAAUGUCGGUUUGUUGAAGUAGUAAAAGAUUAAAUCGUCAACCGUCAAAACAUGGUCCAGCCCUGCGUAAACACAAACACUACCUGUAACUGAUAAGCUCAAACUUUCCGCUCCUGAAUCUGCUCGGCAGUAGAAUUCCCGAUGCUUUCAGUUUUGCUGCUGUUACCUGCGUUCACUUUCUUGUUGUUCACAGAGUUCUCGUGCUUUGAGAAGUAUAUUAUUACUGUAAAUAUAUAGAAAUAUAUGUCGUUUACUUAACCAGACCUGGAACAAAUACUAACUUGUAAUACUGAUGCGUGUGCUGCCGUCUGGUCUGCUUUGGAAGGAGUUAAUCACUUGUAGAGAAAGCAUUUGAAAAGGUUCUGCACUGGGUUCCCCAAAAAUCACCCUAACCUGCCGUGCGUCUCUGCCAUAGCUCAAUGAAGAGUAAUCUUAUCUAAGCUAUACAGUGUAUAGUGUGUUUACAAGCGUACCUCCUCUGAAAGGCUGACAGAGCAGAAGUUAUGGACCCAAAGGAAAAAGAAAACCUCUUUUCUCAGUAGCUGUAAUGAACACAAAGAAGGCAAAUGCUUGUUUUGUUCGUUGUACAUUACCACAUUGUGUUUUGAAGAGUGCUGCACAUUUCAUUUUUUUUUCUUUUUGUAGAUUUCUUUGGAUUCAAUAUUUAUUUCGACGAUGGAUUUUCUUCCUGCGGUCAUUUUAAAAGCAUGGCGGAGUCAUGCAGGUCCUGACCUCCCAGAAGUUUGUAAAUGUACAUGAGAUCAGAGGUAAGAAGAGUUUCCCUCUCUGCUCGUGUUUAUCAGCAGUGGUUUGAUUUCACUUGUUGGAACUACUUUAAAACAUCUUGUAUGAAGAAUAUCUGUCAAACAUUCAGAAUAUUUUAUUUCCUUUUUGGAUUUUCUAAAUGUUCAGUAACAGUGGUUUAAAGAUUAGUUGAAUUAAAAUAUUUCUAUUCUAUUAUAAUAAAAUAAUUUUUAAGUAUUCGGUGAAAAUACUAAACAUUUUGUGGUUAAAUCAGUUGAUUGGUAUUCUUCUCUUUAUUCAUAUUGCUUUAAAUUAUUAUUUUUUCUGUUAAUAUAAUUCUGAAAAUAAUGGUCUAAGAAGAUAAUAUUUUAUGGGGUUACUUUUGGUUUUAGUAACUUGCAAAGGUCAUUAUGUUCUAAACUAUUAAUAUGACUGAAACCAUAGUAAAAUAAAAUAGCCAUGUUGUUGCCACUGCUGAUGAAUAUUUGGGGAAAGGCUGAGUAACUUGAGUAACUUGAGUAACUUGAGUAACUUGUGGGAUCUCAGGACUUGAAGUUCAUCAUUGUGCUCUCAAGAUGCCAAAUGAGAACCGGUUGAUUUGUGCACCUCACAGAAAUGUCUCUCAGAGUUUCUCUUUCACAGUUCUGCACCGUACACACGUGUCCUGUGCCGUGUCUGCACCGGGACGUGCUGAACAUGAACCGGUACCGCUGACCGUGCACAUUUUAAACACUUCAUGCCUUUGUUUGAGGUUGUAUUUGUUGCCAUGUCAACAUUUUUUACCAAAUAGCUUCAGGUGCCUUUCAAGCACGUUGACUCAACACUAAUUAUUUCUGUUUGUAAUAAUCUCGUCUUACACUGGAAGCAAACAUGUGGUAGUUACAUGAGUUAAAACAAAUGUAUAUUUAUAUAUAUCAUUGUUUGUGUUGUGAAGUAUGUUUAUACCAUGGCGUUCAUGAGUACCUUGUAUUGGGACAUCUUCAGCAUAGUUCAGUUUAACCGCCAUCUAUAGACUGGAGGUAACCAUAGCAACACCACUGAUGCCCUGCACGACAUCACUAGGUGACGGUCGCCGGUGACGCUCAGAACAUACGCAACACAUUCCUGUGUGUCUUGUUAACGAACGUUACAGACUCCAGAAGAGGAAACACUUUCUCCACUUUGUUUGUUUUUCUAAAUGGUCCAAUCACCUCUUUUUGUUUUGUUCCCCGUCCGGACACCGCAUCCUGCUGACUUAAAUUAUUUUGAUCAUAUCAUUAGUUUUAACAAUGUGCUGUGCGUCUCAUUCAACAUACUUCAGUGUGCCAGUGUCGCUACAGCGCAGGACAGCUAGUGGUGGAAGAAAUAUGACACAAGACCUCUUUAACAUUUGACAUGCCUUCAGAGAUGUUUCACAUUUCCAGUUACGCAGAGCAAAGACAUAAACUAUCUGAAUGUUUUUUCCUUCUGUGAAGGACGGGUUUGGAUAUUUUUAUAUGCAGGUUUGGAGCUCGGACUGUUGGCUUUUGUACGUGUUCAGUGUUCUGUGAAGUGUGACCUCCAGUGUUUCCUCUUUGACUGCGUCAGUUGUGUUUGUAGGUCAUUUUUGGUUUCACAUGUGAGCCUGUUUGUUUACUCCUCUGCUGAACACUUAGAGAAACCACGGGACGAUUGUAGAAGCAGAAUGUGUGAGAGACGUGUUUAAUGCUUGUCUUAAGUGUGGCGUUAAACACAUUUGAAGUGCGCCAACACUUUCAACAUGCAUACAGAUAACUUUCACUGAGAGUGAAUGUAGGUGAACAAGAUGGGCACGUUUAGUUACAUGUUUUAUAUUCCUCAACAAACACGACACGUGAACUCUCUCGUAGCCUCGACCUGUGGAACCAGUCUAAACAAUGGAAGAUAAUCUUCUAGAAGAUCAUCUCUACUUUUUACAUCCAGUAAUUGAAGAAGAUUGUCAGAAGUUUCUCUUCUACAGAUGUCAUUCAGUUGACCCGGCCUGUGUCCUGUAAACUGACACAGCUUUAAACAGCAGUUUGUAUCUGAGUUAGUUAGCGUCAUGAUGUGCACUGCAAGAGUUUACAAUUUGUGACCAUUUCAAUCUGUCAAAUAAUCAAUAAAACCUCAACAUGUGGUCUGUACAGUGUUAAUCUUAUGGAAAGUGCAAACACAAAAAAGAAGUAUAUCUUAAAAUACUUCAAUUAUGACAAACAAAUGUAACAGAAUAGACCCAAAAUCAAAGAGAGUUCACUUUUAAUUAGUUUAAAAGUAGCUGAGGGGAACAAUAAGCACGCUGUUAAGACACAAUGCCUUUGGGUGUCCUUUUAAAUAAUGAAUUGACAUGAUGGGUGUGUAGUUGAUUAUUGUAUUCAGCAGCAAUUAACAAUUAAAGACUGUAAACUGCAACCAGAUGGUCUCUUGCAACAUGUCUUAUUUGAGUGAGUAAUAGAAAAGCUGGACAUCCUUUAUCAAGAAAGUAAAGAUGGAAGGAUCCGUGUAGAGCUGAAAGUAUUAUUUUUGUACAUUUCACAAGCUGUUACACAACGUCUUACAUGUUUUCUGAUUGACCAGUUGAUUGUUGAACAGAAAAUGACAGUUGUCUAUAGAAAUUAUGUAAAUCCUGAGUGGUACUAAUAAUGUAAUAAACUACGGUAGAUCAAUAUUCACCUCUGCCCUGUAUCAAAAAUAAUGGAUUAAUAAAUUAUUUGGUGCGUAUUAUGCACUUUGUCAGUCUUUAAUCUCUGUUCAAGUCUUGAAAUAUAUUCUACCUGGACAGGUGGAAGAGCAGCUGCAGAGUCUAGAUGCCUCAAUAUUCAGACAGAAUUGCAACAGCAACAUUAGUGUUGUUCAUUUUCAAUACAUUGUGUGGAAGUCUUUUGCAUGUAGGUAACAG